CUUUAUUACAAACAGAAACAAGAUGGAGACGGCUGGGCAGGUUAUGUCGGCCUUCAACCCAAGUGUUUUGAAGGAGCCAAGGGGCUUCAUCAAGCCCAUAGAAUGGAUUAUCUCAAUCUUUGCGUUUGCCACGACUACCAGCUUCAGUACCAAUGUGGACUUCACAGUACCCUGCAACAUUACGAAGGGCGAAGUCAGCUACACCUUCUCUUAUCCUUUUGAUCUGCAGAACAUUGGGUUUAAAAUCCCUGUAUGUCCGACCAACGUGACGACAUCCACUGUUCACCUGUUACAGGGGGCGGAAAGCCCUGCCCAGUUCUACGUGUUUGUUGGGGUGAUGGCCUUCCUCUACUGCCUCGUCGCACUCAUACUCUACAUCUUCUUCGAUGAUCUGUACCGCAAAAACACCAAAAUUGUUGCAGCGGAUUUCAUAGUGUCUGUGGUGAUUACUGCUCUCUGGCUGAUUUCCUCGUCGGCGUGGGCACAGGGUGUUUCCGAUGUCAAGCUCUACACUGAUCCCCAAGAAAGUGGGCUCUUUGAAAACAAAAUCUUUCCCGAAUGUGUCCAACCCGAUGCGUGCAAAGUGACAUUCUUGGGAAACUUUGCAGGGCUCAAUGUGUCGAUUAUCUUUGGUUUCCUCAACUUUGGUGUCUGGGUUGGUAACCUGUGGUUCCUGUACAAGGAGACGCCAUGGUUCAAGGUGAAGUCGAAACCACCCAGCUCGCCAGAUAUGUAAUGUGAACAUCACACCCAUGGUUCAUUUGAAAUCCCAACAACCCAAUAUUAGGAGUGUGACUGUAGUAAGUUUGGGAUGAUUCUGCUGCUUGGCUACCUUCGUAACACCUUGCGAGCCUGUCUCCAAAAUAUAUACAUAAUUAGUUCAUGUGCUCUUUGUAUGGUUUAACACUUUUAUGUAACAAAAUAAAAUAAAAAGUAAAAACUUCUUUAGUUCAAAUACCGGUACAUGUAUUUGAACAAUGUGUUAUUUUUUUAAUUUGUUUUUAUUUAGUAAAUAUAAUAUCAGUUGAAAAAAUAUCUGUUUGAAAGUUAUUUCACUAAUUUGCAGAAUGAAUACAAGUCGCAGAUGUGACAAAUGAAAAUUGAUUUUUAUUUUGGCAACAGGCAGGUUGUUACUCGUUCUUUUAUUUACUCAUUCUCAAAAUCUUGUCAUGUGCUUUACAACUUGUUUGCAUGCUGCCAUAAUAUAAUAAGAAUGUAUUAGACAUUUCAACUUAAUUUCUGAAGCAGAUUUGGAAUAUACUACAUUAUGGUAAUAUUUAAAAUUUACUUUUUUCUUCUUUUUUUUUGGAAUGAAGUCUGUCUUGGCCGUUUUAUUAUUCAAAAAUAUAAAAUAAUAACUCAUUGACUAAUUAACCUCAGACAUGUAGUAAACAGGUUGUGAAUUCGAGUUGACUUAUUUACAUGGAUUUUAUAUUCUGGAUGUCAUAACUGAUGCUAAAUUUGUCAAUCCUAGGUGGGUUGGGUUUUUUAAGGUUUAUGUCAAUAAUUACACCAGUCAUUUUGAGGAUGAGUAUAUAUUUUAGUUGCAUAUUUGUGUUUGAUGGGUGUUGGUACACCGUUUGUGAUUGUAUGUCUUAAUUUUGAAUAAUGUUUAAAAUCAGAAAUGGUUGAAAAGUUCAUAAUUUUUACCACAGAAAGAAAACAUUUUAAAAAUCAGUGGUAUGAAAUUAGAUGCUGACACCUAUCAUGAAGGUUUCGUUUUUGUUUGAAAUUAACUCUUCACCAACGUAGUUAGUGGGUAGAGUUAUGACAGACAUGUUUUAAAGAAUUGUUUUUAUUUUAAUGACAUUGUUUGGGUUGCCUCAACAAAAUUGCUUUAAAAAACAGUAUGUUUUGUGCUUCCUCAAUAACUUGCUGAAGAAGACUAUGUUAUAUAAAGGCAGAAUGAUGUUGUCAUGUUAACGCACAUAUAACAUGACUAACAAUGUUGAUGUAUUACAGCUUUUCCAUUUUCUGUUAUUCAAAAGUUAACUAUUAAUCCACAUUUUUACAAGAGCAUGCUGUUUUACAGAAUAUGAUAUCCUAUUUGGCAUUACUGUCCAUCUGGAAAACAUUCUUGUGUUGUCCUCCAUUUAAAUAUGGAAGUAAGAUGAAUCAAUAACACAAACAUACAAAGAGUUAAUUUCCAAAAUGCAGUAUAAACUAAUUUCCAGAUUUUGGAGAUUGCGAAAGUUUACUGUUAGUAUAACUUAGCAAUACGACCACAGAGUUUCUGUCAAAAUGUGAUCAUAGAUUGAACAGAAUCUUUAAACUGCUUUGUGUGAUAUAGGCCACGUCGUUCUCAACGUGACAUAAAUGUAUAUACCACAUCAUGGUAGGUACUAUAAACAAGUGUUUUGUUUAAUCCUGAAAGUUAAAAAUCACUUGUAAUCAGUUCAUUGUUGUUUCAGGUAGUUUGUCCAUGUGGCAAAACCUAAACUAUAUCAGGAGUUUGUUGUUUCAUUGCUGCUUGCUAUCAUGUUUGGAAGGCAAACAACUGCUCCCCAAAUGUGCAUGUUCAUCAUUGUAAAUUGUAAAUAAAGUCAGUGAGGUUAACUGGG